CGCUACGCCACGCCCUUCGCCAUGCCCUUCAUCGAGAAGCCGCAUUGGACCCUCCGCGUCGAGCAGACGCAGAGUGCCUUUGCCGAGGGCAAUGCUCGCUGGACAAACAGAGACUUGGACCCUGUGCCGAGACACGCCCGAAAGUGGGGUGGGACGAGCUUCAUCUCGUAUUGGAUCUCGGACGCUUUCAACGCGGCAACAUGGCAAUUCGCCUCCAGCAUCAUUGCCAUCGGCCUGACCUGGCGCGAAUCUCUCGGCAUUGUUGCCCUCGCCUUCUUCAUCAUAUCCUUUGUCAUUGCCCUUAACGGUGCCAUUGGCGUUCUGCACCAUGUCCCUUUCCCCGUCAUUGCCCGCGCCUCGUGGGGCUUCUGGGGUUCGUACAUCGCCAUCAUCUCUCGCGCCAUUCUCGCCGUCUUCUGGUUCGCCAUCCAGAACAUGAAUGGCGCAAAUGCCGUCCGUGUCAUGAUUGGCGCCAUCUGGCCCUCUUUCCUGACCAUGAAGAACGACAUUCCAAAGAGCCAGGGCAUCGACACGGCCACCAUGAUCAGUUUCUUUCUCUUCUGGCUCGGCAGCUUGCCCUUUUUGGUCAUGCACCCCAACCAAUUGAGAUGGCUCUUCAUGGCCAAGAGUAUCAUUGUGCCUAUUGCAUGGAUCGCCAUUCUGAUCUGGUCCUUUGUCUCGACCAACGGCGGCGGCGACAUGUGGAAGCAAACCGCUACAUUGAAAGGCAGUGCUUACUCGUGGGGCUUUCUGUCGUCUUUGACGGCCGUUAUCGGAAAUUACGCCACACUUUCGGUCAACCAGUCUGACUUUUCACGCUACUCCCGUGUCUCGGUCAAAUGGCAAUGCAUCUACGUGCCGUUCCUUCCCAUUGUCUUCACCUUCAUCGCCUUUAUCGGUGUCGCCGCCACUUCUGCCGGCGCCGUCAAGUAUGGUGAAAUCAACUGGGACCCCAUGGCACUCAUUGCCCACUGGGACAACCGUGCCUGUCGCUUCUUCGCCGCUUUCAGCUUUGCCCUCGCCGCCCUGGGUGUCAACAUAUCCGCCAAUUCGCUCUCCGCCGCAAACGACCUGACGGCCCUAUUUCCGCAAUAUGUCAACAUCCGCCGCGGCCAACUCCUCUGCGCAGUCCUUUGCUGGGCCCUGGUUCCCUGGAAGAUUCUCGAGAGCGCCGGCAGCUUCCUCAACUUCAUGUCGGCCUACGCCAUCUUCCUCGGCCCCAUUGCCGCAAUCAUGGUCUUUGAUUUCUGGGUUGUGCACAAGGGCAAAUACAACACGUUGGCUCUGUACCAAUACAACGGCAUAUACCGCUACACAGCCGGUGCCAACUGGCGCGCCAUUGUCGCCUUCCUCAUUGGAGUUGCCCCCAACAUGCCGGGCUUCAUCCACUCAAUUAACAAAAGCAUUGACGUGGGCGUUGGCUCAAGACCAUAUACUUUUGGAUGGCUGUUGGGUUUCGUAUCCACGUCACUCGUCUAUCUUCUGCUGGAAAUGGUGAUUGCGCCCCCGACUGAGACGUUCAUCGAGAGGCCCGUGUACCCGGACGAGAUUUACGAUGAGAGCGGUGUUGUCGACGAAGGCGUCAGCUUGGAGAGUGGAGGCGAAAACGGCAGCAAUGAGAAGAUGGGGUGGAAGGCAAAGAUGAAUCGCAUCUUGUGAGACAUCUGUGGGGCCAGGUUAUGGAUCAGAGUUUUCAUUUUGUGAUGUUUUGGACAUGAUGAGGAACAUGUCAGCAGGAUACCAGUUGCUAUUAUUUUAAUCGACACUUAUGUUUAGACGUGGUUUACAUGUCACAGAA